AUGUUAAGUGACCAAUAAAUUUUAUAAAUAGUCUUGGCAGCUGACAGUGUAAUAUUACACUUUUAAUUUUACAUUACAAAUGAGACAUUAUACUUAAUAAUAGGUUUAUCAUCAGCACUUUUUCAUGCUAUAAUAUUUAUAAUUGAACAAAUGAUAAGAAAUUAGCUAUUAAAGAUGUUACUCAAUAUACUUAAACUAGCACAAAUAGUUAUAGUUUCCUAAAUGUUUUAUUAAACUUGGAUGAUUUAUGUAGGAAUUCAAAUAGUUUGCAUAAUAAAAUUGAACUAAAAACUAACAAGAAUAAUGAUAUUCACUUUAUUUUGUAUUCAUUCAGCAUCUCUUACUUUUUCAGAUAUGAAUUAUUUAGCAACAGGAAUAGUGAGAAAUUGUCUAUGUUACAUUUUGCUUUUAAGUUUAUUUAAAAAACAAAAUUAUACAAUCGAUUAAAUAGAAGAGAUAAUAAAGUAAUUAAGUUCAGACAUAUUUAUUUUUCUUGAUAAUAAUUUUAAUCCAGAAAACGAAUAAGAGAAUUUUCAGACCAUCAUGAAUGAUUAUGUUUUUAGAGGUGGAGAUGAUAGAAGUGAUCGAAUUAUAACAAAUAGGGAAUAAAAUACAAUUACUAUUCAGCCAAAAUUGAUUGAUGAGAAGAAUACUUUUGAAUUCAAGACAAUUUUUAAUCAUUUAAAAAACACUAAAGAUAAUUGGUAAGAUUAAAUUUAUGAAACAUAAUCUGAUUAUUUUAUAAUAGUUAAGAAAGUAUUUUUUAAUUAAAACAUCCGUUAAUCCAAUUUUAUUAAAUGUUUUACAACAUAGUAAGAUUAUUUUUUUAUUAUUCAAAAAAGGUUAAAACCAAUUUCACUAAAGAAAUAACAUUAAGAGGAUAAUACAAAAGAAAAUAUGAAAAUUUUAAGUAAAGUUUCACAUGAUAUGAGAACUCCUCUAAAUGCAAUAAUAAAUAUGCAGUUAUGCUUAAAAGAUUAGAUUGAUGAAACUCUAACUCAGAGAUAUUUAAAACCUUCACUUAAUUCUUGUAGAUUACUUUUGAAUUUAGUAAAUGACAUAUUAGAUUAAGCUUAACUUUAAAAUAGGAAGAUUCGUUUAGUAUUCAAAAAAUUUAAUUUGAAAAAAUUAAUAAAUAAAACAAUAUCAAUUUUUGAUAUUUAGAAAGAGAAAAAAGAAUUAACCAUUUUAUUCAAUUAUGAAGUUAAUGUACCUGAGUUUAUUAAUAGUGAUAAAAAUAGAAUUAGAUAAGUUAUUAUGAAUCUACUUAGUAAUGCUGUCAAGUAUUCUAUGGCAAAAGGGAAAAUUGUGAUAACUUGUGAAUUUAUGAUUAAAUCCUAAACUUUUAAAAUCUCUGUAAGUGAUACUGGUUUAGGAAUAAAACCUGAGAAUCUGGAAAUGCUAUUUUAAGAAUUUGCUAGAGUUGAAGAUAAGGAAAAUCUAGAGAAAAAUCCAAAUGGAAUAGGUUUAGGAUUAUUAAUAAGUAAUGAAUUAUCAAGACUAUUAUCUUCCAAUAAUUAAGGGAUUUCUGUAGAAUCCUAAUAUCUAAAUGGAGCAACAUUUUCUUUUUAAAUCUUAAAUCAAAAGGUCCCUGAUGAAGAUCUUUCUGAUUCCUAAAUAUCAGAUGGUGCUGUAUAAGAAGUAAGUAAUUUACCAGAAUCACAUUUUUUUUAGUAAUAUAGUUGUAGCUUCAAAUCAAAAGAGUUUACUAUGCCAAUUAUUAAAUAAUUAUCAUUGGAUAGUUAAUAAGCUAUACCUACUAAUAAUAAUUAAUCAAUUAAAAAGUACAAUUUGAGAAUGAAUUCAUCAAAUUUAUAAUCUUCAAAUCGAUUACUUCCAUUUAAUGUGGAAUGUGAAAAAUCUUACCAAAGAAAAUCUACCAGUUAAUCAAAUUAAAUUAUUGAAUAAAUAAAUAAUUGGUUAGAUUAAACUUCUAAAUAACCUCCUGUCUUGAUUGUAGAUGAUAAUGAAUUUAACAUUAUUGUCUUAUAAUAUAUUUUGGAAUAAUUGUAUUUAACUUGUGAUUCUGCUAUUUCAGGAUAAAUAGCAUUAAAAAAAUGUGAGGAACGAGCAUUUAGCCAAUAUAAAUUAAUAUUUUUAGAUAUUGAAAUGCCUGAAAUGGAUGGUUUGGAGACAACUAAGAAACUUUUAGAAUUCGAUGCAACUCUUAAAAUUAUUGCCUGUACUGGAAAUAGAUAAACAUAAGCAUAAUUAGAGACUUACAAAUAGGUAGGAAUGUUAGGAGCCAUAGAAAAACCGGUAACCAAAACAAAUUUAAAAGAGCUGCUUCUUAAUCUAAAUGCAUAAAGAAAUGAUGCAUAAUUUACUCAUUACUUUUGA